AUGAGCGCCUCAGUCAAGCAACCGACGGCCAACGAGGCCAAGUCCGUUGGCCAGGAGCUGGCCAGCGUCCUCCCCAACGAUGGCAUCCGCUGGUGGAAGAAGAAACACCUCCUCAAGCUCAACUUCUGCAUCUUGUCUUUUAUGCUCUUCACCAGCUCCAACGGCUUCGAUGGCUCCAUCAUGAACGGCUUCCUUGCUCUGCCUCAGUGGCGUGAGUUCAUGGGCAACCCCACCGGUGCCUGGCUCGGCUUCAUCAACGCCAUGUACUCCCUCGGCGCCGUAGUCGGGUUUCCCCUCUGCGCCAUGCUCUGCAACCGUUGGGGCCGCAAGCUCGGCCUCUGGCUCAGCGUCGCCUUUGCUAUGGGUGGCACCGUUCUGCAGACGGCCGCGCCCAACGUUGCGUCCUUCAUCGUCGCCCGUUUCUUCAUGGGCGUCUCGCAGGGCCUUUCUGUCGGGGCUCCGCUCCUGAUUGCCGAAAACGCCUUCCCCACGCACCGCGGUAUCGCCUCCAGUAUUUACAACUCAGGGUGGUACAUCGGAGCGAUCGUCGCCGCUUGGGCGACUUUCGGUACGAGAAACAUGGAAGGCAAUAUUUCGUGGCAAAUCCCCUCCGGGCUGAUGGCAUUGCUGCCGCUCAUGACAGUCCCAUCACUCUUCAUGAUGGACGAAUCUCCCCGUUGGCUCGUCUCAAUGGACAGAGCCGACGAGGCACGUGUCAAUCUCGCUAGAGCCCAUUGCGGUGGUGACAUCAAUCAUCCUCUGAUCGCAUUCGAGAUGGCCGAGAUUGAGGAGACCUUAAGGGCCGAGAAGGAGGCCAACGAGAAGACCUCUUGGGCUGAUUUGUGGUCCAAGCCCGGAAACCGUCACCGUCUCUGGAUUUGUGUAUCUCUGGGCAUAUACGCGCAGUGGUCAGGAAACGGCGUCGUCAGCUACUAUCUCGCAAUCAUCCUUGAAUCUGUUGGCAUCACAUCUGUCACCGACCAGACGCUCAUCUCGGCCUGCCUCCAGAUUUGGAACCUUAUCUGGUCUGUUGCUGCCUCUGUCUGCGUCGAUAGGGUCGGCCGUAAAGCCCUCUUCAUGACGAGCGGCGUUAUCAUGUUGAUAUCGUACAUCAUCGUCACCGGCCUGUCGGGCAGCUUCGACGCAACCAAGCAUGGCCCUACUGGACUCGCAGUGGUUCCUUUCCUAUUCAUCUAUUUCCUCGGCUAUGAUAUUGCCCUUACACCACUCGUCAUAUCGUACCCAGUUGAAAUCUGGCCGUAUCAGCUGCGAGCCCGCGGACUCGCUAUUUCCCAGAUGGUGUCACUUGGCGCCAUCUUCUUCAACACCUUUAUUAACCCCAUCGCCCUCGACGCCAUUCAGUGGAAGUAUUAUUUCGUGUUCGUUGUCAUAUUGGUUGCCAUGCUAUUCUCGGUUUGGUUCACGUACCCCGAAACGCGCGGCCGCACGCUCGAAAACAUCUCCUGGCUGUUCGACGGCGAAGGCGCCAACGCUGCCAUUAUCAUGGCCGCAGACACUUUGAAGAGGGAAAACAUACACAUCGAGGAUUCCUCCCCGAAAGAUUCUCAAUCUCAAACCGAGGAGAGGCGUGCGUAA